AUGCUUCAGGAUUGGCUAUACAAUAAUAUCGAAAAGUUUUGUCGAUUCUUUCAGACUACUAUUGGCACGCCAAGUUCGAAACGAUUACAUUCGGUAUUUUUCGGCGGCGUAUUGGCGUCUCUCUACUGUUUACUUCAGUUUUUGUCUUCACCUUUAUUUGGCGCACUUUCUGACGUCUUUGGACGGAAAUACAUUUUGCUCAUUUCUAUUUCUGGAACAUUACUAUCUUAUAUAAUUUGGGCAAAUGCCAAUACUUUUACUUUAUUUGUGCUAUCUCGAAUUAUUGGUGGCUUCAGCAAAGCCAGCGUGUCAAUAUGCAUUGCUGCUAUGGCUGAUGUUUAUUCGCAGAAUAACGUUGGUCAAGGCAUGGCCGUUAUUGGAGGCUCAUUUUCGAUUGGUUUUUUAAUAGGGCCAAUUUUUGGUGUAUAUUUUUCUCGAAGUACAAAUAGAGGUUCAGAACUCAUUAUCAGUGCAGUCGCUAAAUUUGAUAUCAUAUUGACAAUUAUGGAAUUUGCUUUUGUUGCUUUAAUUUUACCAGAAACUCUUGAAAUAUCUAAAAGAAAAACAUUGGCUCGUCAUGUAUGGAAUAAUUGCAUGUCAUACAUUAAACCAAAGGCUUUAUUUCAAUUUUCAGUAGUAAAAAAUCGCUUAAACAAAACAGGGAUUAAAAAAAUGCAAUUAUAUGGACGAGCUUAUUUUCUUUACAUAUUUUUGUAUUCUGGUCUAGAGUUCACCUUGUCAUUCUUGACUCACACUCGUUACAGUUAUGACAGUAUGCAACAAGGCAGAAUGUAUUUUUUCAUUGGUGCUUUAAUGAUAAUCACGCAAGGAGGAAUAGUCCGUCGAAUUCCCGUUCAUAAGCAACACACAGCAAUUAUCUAUGGCGUUUUAUUUACUGUUUGUGCUUAUAUCAUCAUUGGAUAUAGUACUCGUAUUGAAGUAUUUUAUUUUGGUUUAGCGCUUUACGCGAUCGCAUCAAGUUUGGUAGUUCCUUGCAUGACGACUUGCACAUCCAACCUUGCACCAUCUGAUGUAAAAGGUGCUACAAUUGGUGUAUUCCGAAGUCUCGGAGCUUUAGCGCGAGCUCUUGCACCAUUGUUUGCAUCUACAGUUUUCUGGCUUCAUGGUCCAACUGUAUGUUACUCGAUUGGUGGAUGUCUACUGAUUUUACCUAUUGUAAUCCUUCGACAAGUUUCAUCCGAAGCCAGAUAA